CUAAGAAGUACUCCAAAUCGAAUCUACAGUGUCAUAGUUCUGUGCACUCCAUUUCACGCGGCUGUUAUGGCUACUGAUCCAGAGAGCGCCGCAGGUCAACGAAUUGUCGAACAUCUCGCAGCUAGGCUUCGAAGGCGUCAAGUUGUGGGAUCUCGGGAAACUGCACUUGAGACCGUCCUUGUCCUUCGUCAGGUGGUGUCCAAGGCCCGAUUCUCGAACAUCGACCAACUGGUCGACACUAUCCGUUCUGUUGGCCGAAAAUUAGUCGAGGCUCAGCCUAAAGGCUUGUCUACAGCUUAUACGGUAGGAAACACCGUCAGAAAAGUUUUGCACCACAUCCGAGAAGAGUAUCAUACUGCGACCCGAGGAGCUGCAGCUCCAUUCCCAUCAAAACCCACCUUUUCUAUCGCCAAGUUCGUCUCGCAAGGUCAACCCCGAAAACAGACCGCUUCACAGAGGACUUCACAUGAAACGAGAGGUGUUCUCAGGGAGAACGAUGCAGACGAUCCCGAUGCGUUUGCAAGAGCUUUGAAGCCUGUUUUUAUGGAGGCUAUCCAGGAUGUUCUCGAUGAGCUCGAGACCGUAUAUGACAACGUGUCCAAAGUUGCCAAGGAUCAUAUACAUUCAGAUGAAAUUAUCCUUACAAUCGGCAAUUCAAGCACAGUCGAGGCCUUCCUUAAAGCGGCGGCCUCACACAGAAAAUACACCUGUUAUCGUAGCGGAUACUGCCCCAUCGUGAGUGUUGUGUAUAGUGGACGAGAGAUGGCCCAGUCUCUCUCAACCUCAGGGAUAACGACUGUGCUCGUCCCUGAUUCAUCAGUAUACGCAUUAAUGUCUCGAAUCAAUAAAGUCGUACUCGGUGCACAUGCAAUUCUCGCUAAUGGCGGAAUGUUCGCUGUAACAGGUUCGCUUUUGGCCGCCACCGCCGCCCGAGCACAUAGCACGCCGGUCGUCGUCUGCUCAGGACAGUUUAAGCUCACCCCUCAGUGGAAUUUAUACCACGAAUACGGUGCACUUGAUUUCGCGGAUCCAAGUGGUGUACUAGGAUUCGAGGAAGGUGAUCUUGUUGAUAAAGUAGACGUCGUGAACCCGUAUUACGACUAUGUUCGGCCUGAAAUGAUUGAUGCGUAUAUCACGAACGACGGGGAUCAUCCCCCAUCGUCAGUUUACCGCCUUAUCAAGGAGGCAUAUGAUGAUGAAGACUAUGAAUUGUAACAAUGUUCACCGCAUAAUAGUCUACAAUCGUCAUUCAGCACGACCACCUAAACUAUCACUUCGCCGUGGUGCUCAGUAUAUCGAAGAAAGCGUUCUGCGGCAGGUCCACAUUUCCUAUCUUCUUCAUUCGACGCUUGCUCUCCUUUUGGUUCUCGAGGUGUUUCAGCUUGCGUUCGUAGUGUCCUGUGUUGACAUCAGGCUAUUUAAAAGAAAGGCCCAUUGGAAGGGUUUCCCACCUCCGUACAGGCCAGCAGUAACAUCAGCACGCAUGGCAGAUAACGUCUCUCGAGCAACGAUCCUUCUGCCUACAGCCGCCUGUAUAGGGACUUCGAACAAUUGCCGCGGGAUCACCUUGU